AUGGCGUUCAUCCUCACUUCGACCGACUCAUUUCUUCAUCUAAUUUCUUCAUCGUCUAUUUUUUCCAUCCACAGAAAUAUCGACGAAGGUAGGUGCGGGGCAGAAGGAGACGAACCCUUCAUUAAGGUAAAAUCCACUUCAGUGAUAUUCUUCAAACCACUUCUUGAUUUGAGUUUCUUCCCCGUAGUUCACACUUUGGUUUCUCAGAUCGAUUGGUUUUCCCGACUUGGUGUGCUUCUAAUGUUUAGUUGUCGAUCUUUUGGUGGUGCUUCUGCUGCAGAUUGUUGUUGUAAUUGUCGAUCGCUGGUUGAAGAUAGAAGCAGAAGCACUUACGAUAAUGUCAAUCUCUACCUCUCCAUCUUACUAUUGACCACCAUUGCAGCAUUAUCGACAAAGGGGGAGGAGCCGCCCAAGCCAACGCCAUGGCCGGAGUAA